UGUGGGAGAAAAUGCUGUUAAGUUCAGUCAUAGGGUUUAAAUCAUUGGUGUCACAUGUGAGGGGCACACUGAAGGCACACAUCAAAUGUGCUAAUGACAGUGGUGAUAAAACUCUUACUGUAUGAGUGAUAGCAGACAUUAUGUGUAAUGACAUCAGUGUGGGGGACAGAGCGGCCAGGGACGGGGCCCUCGCUGUGUCCGUGUGGUGUUUUGGGAUGUUGGAAUGAAAGACAGCUCUGAACAGCUCUGUACAUACCACCUCAGCGCUGUCUUGAGUAUUAAUAGACAUGUCUUUGUUCCAACUGACACGCUUCUGAAGUGGAAUGAGACAAGCCGAGGCGAUAAGGAUCUCCACUCUCUGUGUGAGUCAAACCUCAAAGUACCACUUAGGCGGCUUUCCUUUUGCUCUCUGAAGUCUGGCGGUACGACGGGAGGCUGGGGUCAGACAACGGCAGAGACGGAGACACUGACAGGAGCUGUCAAGGGCUUUUUCCCUGCCUGUGCCUUUUAAGGGCGAUAAUGCCAAAAUGAAGCCAUGUUUGUAGUGUAGUGAUGGUUCGUCCUGGCCCGGCCACUGUGGUUUUACUUAUCUGUCUCCGUUUAGGAUGGCAAUAACGGAGGAGAAGUGAAAAGAAGGAGGAAAGGAUGAACAAGUGUGAAAAGAGAAAGAGAUUACUUGUUGAUGAAAAAAAACGUGAUCAAGGGAAAAAGACAGACAACGGAGGAAUGAGGCAGUGUAAAGGUUGGAGCGUGGUGCUGCUGGUGCUGUUGGGACUAGGAGCUUUGGCCCAGAAGCUGCCCACAAGAGACGAAGGGCUCUUCCAGAUGCAGAUCAGAGACAAGUCGAUGUUCCAUGACUCCUCAGUCGUACCGGAUGGUGCUGAGAUUAGUGGCUACCUUUUCAGGGACACACCCAAAAGGUACUACUUUGUGGUGGAAGAAGACAACACACCCCUGUCUGUGACUGUGACACCUUGUGAUGCUCCUCUGGAGUGGAAACUCACUCUGCAGGAGCUGCCAGAAGAGGCCAGUGGAGAGGGAUCAGGAGAGCCUGAACCUCUGGACCAACAGAAACAGCAGGUGACAGUAGACGAGGGAACGGAGCUCUUCACCUACAAGGGCAACGAUGUGGAGUCCUAUGUGGCCACCAGCACGCCAUCUGGCCUCUACCAGCUGGAACUGCUGUCCACAGAGAAAGACAGCAACUUCAAGGUGUAUGCCACCACAACUCCAGAGUCUGACCAGCCAUACCCGGAGCUGCCCUAUGACCCUCGUGUGGAUGUGACGGCACUGGGCCGCACCACUGUUACCCUGGCCUGGAAGCCUACACCAACGGGCUCUCUCAUGGGCCAGCCUGUUCAGUAUUGUGUAGUGAUCAAUAAGGAGCACAAUUUCAAGAGCAUGUGUGCUGCUGAAGCUAAGAUCAGCACUGAUGAUGCCUUCAUGUUGGCUCCGAAGCCCGGCAGAGAUUUUAGCCCCUUUGACUUUGCGCACUUCGGCUUUGUUCCCUCUGACAGUGGUUUUGGGAAGGACCGAGGCCUAACAAGUAAUAAGAUCUCGCGGGCGUAUGCAGCCAAACCCAAAACAUCAGACAUUCAGAAAGUGUGUAUUGGCAAUAAAAACAUUUUCACUGUGUCAGACCUGAAACCAGACACACAGUACUACUUUGAUGUCUUUGCUGUGAAUUCUGCCACCAACACCAGCACAGCAUACGUGGGAACUUUUGCCCGCACUAAAGAGGAAGCUCGUCAGAAGACAGUGGAGCUGAAGGAUGGCAAAGUAUCAGAUGUUUUCAUCAAGAGAAAGGGCAGCAAGUUUCUGCGCUUCGCUCCUGUGUCUUCACACCAGAGGGUCACGUUGUUUGUCCACACAUGUCUGGACGCCGUGCAGGUGCAGGUGAGGCGUGAUGGCAAGUUGCUGCUCUCCCAGAACGUGGAGGGGGUGCGACAAUUCCAGCUGCGGGGAAAGCCAAAAGCCAAGUACCUGAUCCGUUUGCGUGGCAGCAGGAAAGGGGCCUCCACUUUGAAGAUGCUAGCCACCACACGACCCAGCAGCAAGCAGCCCUUCCCUUCACUUCCGGAGGAUACGCGCAUCAAGGCCUUCGACAAGCUGCGCACAUGCUCCUCCGCCACUGUGGCCUGGCUGGGCACGCAGGACCGCAACAAAUACUGCAUUUACCGCAAAGAGGUGGCUGACAAUUACGGCGAGGAGCAGCGACGCCGGGAACAAAACCAGUGUGCUGGGCCAGAGACCCGCAGGAAGUCAGAAAAGGUCCUGUGCAAGUACUUCCACAGCCCGAACCUGCAGAAAGCUGUGACUACAGAGACCAUCACAGGUCUGGAGCCAGGCAAGACCUACCUGCUGGACGUUUAUGUGGUGGGACACAGUGGUCACUCAGUGAAAUACCAGAGCAAACUGGUGAAAACAAGGAAAUACUGCUAAAUGACUCUGCAAAGAAUAAAUCUAUUAUAAAUAUAUAUAUUAAAUAAGUUUAUUUAACUCUAAGUGAUAUUCUACUAAGGAGUGUAUACAGACUGACUACUCACACAGCUGAUGGGCCUGUGGCAGUGACUGAACUGUUUGUAGAGAGAGAUAUCAACCUGUAUAUUUAUGUUUACAUUUCAUUGUGGCACGUCUGGGCAGCCCAUAGCGUGAGGUGCUUUGUUACCAGGCUUGUCGAUUUGACAUCAUGCUGCCACUGGAGAGGCAGAACUUCAGAGAUCAUCUUUCAUCUUGUAUGUUUAUUUGUUGCUGCAUGACAUUUGCUUUUGUCUGUCAUAUUUGUCUGUCCUUUCAGUUUCGAAUCACAUCGACCGGAGGAGAUACAGUAGCUACCCGCAUUGUGUAGAUGUCUCGCUGCAUAUUCACUACAUGUUUUAGAAGGAAUUUAAAUUAUUUUAUACUUUUUGUCUCUCUUUACGAUUGUCUGUUUUUAUUGAUGACAAUAAUAACUGUUACGAGGAAAUUCCAGUUUUAUGAGGAAGUUGUCGUAGUUCAGACAUUCCCUUAUGUAUCUCAGCCAGUGUUUGCUCUAGAGCCCAUCUUGUAAAUGUGUUCUGUGCUGGAGAUCUGUGUUAUUAUCACUGUAUCGCUGUGUGUGUGUGUGUCACAUGUACAGAGUUGUCCUGCCAAUAUUCAUGUACAUAAACACUAAAUAUAGAACAAGUAAUCCCUGUGUCA